AUGGCCCCGCUUAGGUGCGCGCUGGGCGCCUCGCUUGCGGCGGCCCUCUCCGUGCCGUCGUUCCCCGGCCGCGCGCGCCCGUCGCCUGCGCUUGGCUCGUUCUGGGCGGCUGCCAUGGAGACCCCGCCGCGCUGGCUGGCGGGGCUGCGCUUUGACAACCGCGCUCUGCGCGCGCUGCCGGUGGAGACGCCGCCGCCCGGCCCCGAGGGCGCGCUGUGGGCGCCGCGGCCGGUGCCCGGGGCCUGCUUCAGCCGCGCUCGCCCCGCCCCGCUGCGGCAGCCGCGCCUCGUGGCUCUGUCGGAACCCGCGCUGGCGCUGCUGGGGCUGCGGGCCGGCGCCGAGGUGGAGGCCGAGGCCGCGCUCUUCUUCAGCGGCAACGCCCUGCUGCCGGGCGCCGAGCCCGCCGCGCACUGCUACUGCGGACACCAGUUCGGCCAGUUCGCCGGCCAGUUGGGCGACGGCGCCGCCAUGUACCUGGGCGAAGUGUGCACGGCGGCCGGCGAGCGCUGGGAGCUGCAGCUCAAGGGCGCCGGCCCCACGCCCUUCUCCAGACAGGCCGAUGGUCGCAAAGUCCUACGGUCAAGCAUCCGUGAGUUCCUGUGCAGUGAAGCCAUGUUUCACCUGGGUAUCCCCACUACAAGAGCUGGGGCCUGCGUCACAUCUGAGUCCACAGUGGUGCGCGACGUGUUCUAUGAUGGUAAUCCAAAAUAUGAAAAGUGCACAGUUGUGUUGCGUAUAGCUCCCACUUUUAUAAGGUUCGGCUCCUUUGAGAUUUUUAAACCCCCUGAUGAGCACACAGGGCGGGCAGGUCCCAGUGUGGGGCGGAAUGACAUCCGGAUCCAAAUGCUUGACUAUGUGAUCAGCUCUUUCUACCCUGAAAUCCAGGCUGUCCAUGCCCAAGACAACAAUAGUGUCCAGAGGAAUGCUGACUUCUUCCGGGAGGUGACACGACGAACAGCACGGAUGGUAGCUGAAUGGCAGUGUGUCGGCUUCUGUCAUGGUGUGCUGAACACUGACAACAUGAGCAUCCUGGGCCUCACCAUUGACUACGGACCCUUUGGCUUCCUGGACAGGUAUGACCCUAACCACGUGUGCAAUGCCUCUGACAAUGCUGGGCGCUACACAUACAACAAGCAACCUGAGGUGUGUAAGUGGAAUCUGCAGAAGCUAGCUGAGGCACUGGAUCCAGAGUUGCCCCUUGCACUGGGCGAGGCCAUCCUGGCAGAAGAGUUUGACAUGGAGUUCCAAAGGCACUACCUACAGAAGAUGCGCAGAAAGCUGGGCCUAGUCAAAGUCCAGGAAGAGGAAGAUGGGGCACUUGUAGCCAAGCUUCUGGAGACAAUGCAUCGGACUGGUGCUGACUUCACAAACACCUUCUAUGAACUGAGCUUCUUCCCAACUGGGCCUGAGAAACCAAGCCUGGAAGAAUUCCUGACCAGGCUGACCUCACAGUGCGCCUCUCUGGAAGAGCUAAAGCUUGCCUUCCGACCCCAGAUGGACCCCCGGCAGCUAUCCAUGAUGCUGAUGCUGGCACAGUCAAAUCCACAGCUCUUUGCACUCAUUGGCACUCAGGCAAACCUCACAAAGGAGCUUGAACGUGUGGAACAGCAAUCACGGCUAGAACAUCUGAGUCCCGCUGAGCUACACAGCAAGAACACAGAGUGUUGGGUGGCUUGGCUCCAGGAGUACAGAGCCCGGCUGGACAAGGACAUGGAAGGUGCCAGUGAUACUGCUGCCUGGCAGGUCGAGCACACACGCACCAUGUAUGCCAACAACCCCAAGUACGUCUUGAGGAACUACAUCGCACAGAAUGCCAUUGAGGCUGCUGAGAAUGGAGACUUUUCAGAGGUACGGCAUGUGUUGAAGCUACUUGAGUCUCCUUACCACAGUGAGGGAGAGGCCACCAAGGAACUUAAGGCCAUAGGCCCUGAAGAGGCAGCAGUUACCACUGGUGAUCAUCACUCCUAUAGAAGCAGGCCACCCCUCUGGGCAGCAGAACUGUGUGUGACAUGAUCCUCAUAGUGGCCUCUACACCUGAGUCUCUUGAGUCCUCCAGUGCUGUUGAGUUGCUGAGACCACUGGGCUACCUCAACCCACAGUCUCUUCAUGGUGGCAGAGAUCUCCAGUCAGACCCUGACCCAUCUCUGUCUGAUGCCAGCUCAGCAGUACCACCCUGGCCAGCCCUCAUCUUACCCCUAGCACAAACUGCUCAUAUACGGACAAGGGCCUGUGUGAAUGACACAGAGGGUUCAGGUGAACCUGUCUGUCCCCAGGAGCUGGGCACCUGCUAAACUUCCCAUGCUUCUAAAUAAAGCAAUAGGUUUCUUGA